AUGUACCACCGCCACUGUCUCAAAUGCGUCGUGUGCCAGCGUCGCUUGGACAGCGUGUCGCUGCUGGAGCAUGACGGCGAACCCUACUGCAGCAAUUGCCAUCGCACGCAUCUUGGUCAGGGCAAAGACAGUUUCGGCACGGCUGUGCCUGUAAAGCCACAGCAUGACCCCUCCACGAAGUCAAGAUCCUUCAAAGCCGUGUCCGAUACAGACUUACAUGGACGCAGACCCCUUCCUAUGGCACCUUCAGGCUCUCAGGAGCCGCUCACCGUUCCGGCGUCGGUGAGUGGGCAGAGUGGCUCUUCCAUCUUUCCGACGCCAGCCUCCACGGCUGGCACGCCUGCUUGUGCACGUUGCCACACACCAGUUUACUUUGCGGAACAAAGGCUGGCGGUAGGUCGUAAAUGGCACCGCGCGUGCUUACGAUGCGAGGGCUGCCGCGCUACGCUGGAUACGAAUCGAGUGGAAGAAGGUCCCAUGGACCUGUGGGAUCAGGGAUGCAUAAAUACCUGGUGUCACAUGUGCUAUUCCAAGAAAUUCGGGCCUAGGGGCAUUGGUGUUGCUGGCAUGUCUUACCCGACCGGAUCGGGCAGGGCCUAA